AUGGCUCAGGUUGUUGGCCUUCACAACGCUGCCGCCGUAUGGAGUGCCCUUGAACGAUUGUUCUCCUCUCAUUCUAGAGCUCGCAUAAUGCAGCUCCGCUAUCAACUGCAGAAUGUGAAGAAAGGAUCCCUUUCUGUCUCAGAUUAUUACAAUCGUGUAAAAACUAUAGCUGAUUCUCUUGCUGCUGCCAAUCAUCCUGUGGAUGAUAGCGAUCUCAUCCUUUAUAUUCUUGGCGGCCUGGGUGCGGGAUAUGAGUCCUUUGCCACUGCGAUCUUGACUCGGACCGACCCUAUUUCCUCUGAAGACCUGCACAGUCUCUUACUCAGUCAUGAACUACAUCUUGAUCAGUUUCGUACAACAAUGGAGCCUUGUUCCAUGGCGUUGAUUGCGACUACUCCUCCUUCCAAUAAUAAUAAAGGGCAGCACCCUUCCACCAACACCAACCGUGCUUCUGACAACAAGCCCCAUGAUUCUCCAAAUCGUGGCCGUGGCCGUGGAAGAGGGCGAUAUAAUUAG